GUGAAACGUUAACCUGGGAGCCACGCCCCCCAAACGUCCGGAAAACUGGGGAAAAGAGAAAGUGCGUUAUUACACACGUUUCAGCUCACAUGAAAGCUAAAACACUCAGACAAACACUGCACAAACAACAUGGGAGCCCUCGUGAAGAUUGUAAUUGCUAGCGUUUGUGUCGGCUACUUAGCUGUCAGGUGGAAUGGACCAAGUUUUGAUCCAGAAUCUCUUAGAGGUGCCAGAGUGUUGGUGACAGGAGCCAGUUCAGGCAUUGGUGAACAAAUGGCAUAUCAUUACGCCCGCUUUGGAGCCCAGAUUGUCAUCACAGCAAGGAGGGAGAAAGUUUUACAGCAGGUUACUGAGAAGUGUCUGAGUCUGGGGGCCCAGAAAGCUCUCUACAUAUCUGGAGACAUGUCUAAUGAGUCUGACCCUGACAAAGUGGUUGACUUUGCUCUGGAGAAACUGGGAGGCUUGGACUACCUGGUUCUCAACCACAUUGGUGUGAUUCGCUUUGCCAUGUGGGACGGAAACGUGGAUUACGUCAGGUGGCUCAUGAAGCCCAAUUUCUUUAGCUACAUACAGAUGGCCUGGAGAGCCUUGCCCUCUUUGGAGAAAAGUAAAGGGUCUAUGACUAUAGUGUCCUCAAUAGCAGGGAAGCUGAGCAAUCCCUUCACGGCCCCAUACUGUGCAACAAAAUCUGCCUUGAAUGGAUUCUUUGGGUCCCUCAACCAUGAACUUGCGAUGAAGAAAAGCAACGUGUCGAUCUCUCUAAUCACAUUGGGACUAAUCGAUACCGAAUCAGCUUUGAAAGCAGUCAGGGGGAUCAUCACGACGCCAGCGUAUCCUGCAUCAGAAGCUGCAUUGAAUAUCAUCAUAACAGGAGCAACAAGGCAGUUGGAGCUGUACUAUCCCUGGUACACAUAUGUCAUGAAUCUCAUCAAAGACUGGUAUCCUGCUCUAACGAACCGUCUCAUGCAGAACGCCCUCAACUACGAUCCAUAGGAAACAUGUUGAGAUGGGUGUUUUCUAUUGUAAGUUUUUGAUAUGGCUGAAAAUAUUUGAUUCUGAAAUGCAUUCGAAUGUUUCUCAGAUUUAGGCUUCUUAAGGAAAUGCACCUUUUUUGUGUCAAAAGUUUGCACAUCCUGAUUUUUUCUGACUAUCAGAUUAAAAUCACACGUGAAUAUGGUUUCUGAUCUCGGUCUUGUUGUAUAUGUACACAUUUCUGUAUUUUUUUUGUUAUGACAGUCGGAAUAGAACAUUUCGGCUUGUAACAAAAAACAAAACAAGGAAACGCACACACUUAUCCAUACACCGAUACGCAGACCGGUAGGCAAUUUGAGCUUAAAUGCCUUGCCCAGAGGCACAUUGACAUGUAGCAGGAGGAAGCUGGAAUCGAACCUACAACCUUACAAUUGCAAGACCACUACUCUGCCAGACAGCCACAGUCGCCCGAAAGACAAGAAAAGUUACAUGCAACCAGUUUGAAGCCAGUCAAUACCAUACAGAUCAGUUUAUAUCUAACAUAGACAGAUGGGUUCAUGACAAGAAGCUCAAUACAGGAAAAAUAUGUGGUAACAAAGAAUAUGAAAUAAAAAUCAGGUUUGGUUGCAAAGCAUGAAACCAUUUUAAUAUGUACUUGCAUGUCAGAAUAAUAGCAGAACAGCAUGUUUUAUCAGACUAACAUUUGGCUGCAUGUUUGUACCUUUAUGACUCAUUUACUAGUUAAGAUAAAGUUUUUAUUGUUGUACAUUUUCUAAAACCAAGAAAUUUCACCUUGGAAUGAUACAUGUUGAAGUUUCACAUUCAUGACAAUACAUAAAAAAAAGGGUAUUUUUUUGUUGUUUUUAAGUUUUCCUCAUGUUCAAUUCUAUUCUGCUUAUUUAUUUGGGAACGUUUCAAAAAAUUGUCUCAAGACAGAAAUACAUUUGAGUAAAUUUACUUCAUGUGUUUAGACACUGGUAGCAUAUGUUCCCUGAAUGUCCACAUGAGGGCAGUAGUGUCUAAGUUGUAAAAGGAGCAAAUACAGCUGCUGUUGCGACUCAGCAGCUGUAUUUAAGGCUCAUUUACAAAAUCGCGAUGCACGUCAAGGGGAUGAGGUAAACAACUGAACUAAAAUUGAAUUAUUAAAAAUGACUGAUGAUUAACACUA